ACAGACAUGAAGGGGAAAGCAGAGCAUAUUUUUGAAGGCAUGAAAGAAAAUGAAGCACUUCUUAAGGAUGUUUACACAGAACUGUUCAUCACAGAGGGAGAUAUGAAAGAUGUCAAUCAGGAACAUGAGAUUCUGAAGAUUGAUGAUGCUUUCAAGAACAAAAAAACAGAAAACAAACCAAUCAAAUGCAAUGAUAUAUUUACUUUACUAAGAGGUAAAAAUGAGAAAAAGAUUGUGCUGACCAAGGGAGUCGCUGGCGUUGGAAAAACUGUCUCUGUGCACAAGUUCAUCCUGGACUGGGCAGAAGGAAAAGCCAAUGAUUUUGUUGACUGUGUAUUCCUGCUUCCAUUCCGAGACAUUAACUUGAUGACAAAUGAGGAUUACAGUCUCCAUGAGCUUCUGCUGGAAUUUUAUCCUGAACUGAAGGACCUGGAGAAAUCAAAAUUAUAUAAGGAAUGCAAGAUAGCAUUUAUAUUUGAUGGACUUGAUGAGAGUCGCCUGCCUUUGAAUUUUAACAGUAGAUCAUUGAACUCUGCUGAGAAAAUAUCAUCUAUAGAUGUGCUGUUCACAAGUCUGGUCAAAGGGAUUCUGCUUCCAUCAGCUCUCGUCUGGGUUACCUCACGACCAGCAGCAGCCAAUCAGAUCCCUCCUCAGUAUGUGGGUUUGUACACAGAGGUGCAAGGAUUCACUGACCAACAGAAGGAAGAGUACUUCAGAAAUAGAAUCACAAAUGAGACUCAGGCCUCCAGAAUCAUCUCACACAUUAAGAUGUCUCGUAGCCUCUACAUCAUGUGCCACAUUCCUGUGUUCUGCUGGAUCACAGCCACAGUACUUCAGGAUAUUCUCACCGGCAACAAUACAGAGAACAUCAGCACAACACUCACUGAAAUGUAUAUUCACUUCCUGCUGAUACAGAUGAACAUGAAGAGCCAGAAGUAUGAUAAGCAAGAAGAAAGACAACGUACAAAACUCUUAGAUUCGAAUGAAGAAAUUAUUUUGAAGUUAGCCAAGCUAGCGUUUGAACAGCUGAAGAAGGACAACAUUGUGUUCUAUGAGAAAGAUCUGGAAGCAUGUGGUAUUGAUGUGAGUAAAGACACUGAGUUCACAGGAAUGAUCGCCGAGAUCUUCAAGAAGGAACAUGGGCUUCAUGCGACAAAAGUCUUCUGCUUUGUGCAUCUGAGUGUUCAAGAGUUUCUCGCUGCAGUGCAUGUGUUCCUCUGUUACCUGAACAAGAACAAGCAGGAGCUUCAGUUUUUCUUUGAUGAACCAGAAGAAAACAUCACAUUGCAGGAGCUACUAAAGAAGGCUGUUGAUAAAGCCAUGAAGAGUGAGAGAGGACAUCUGGACCUGUUCCUGCGGUUUCUGCUGGGAAUUUCAAUGGAAUCCAGUCAGAACCUGCUCAAAGGCCUGAUCACACACACUGACGUCACCACAGAGAGCAUCAAACAAACAACUAAAUACAUUAAACGAAAACUAUCCUGGUAUACCUCAGAUGAAGCUUCAGUCAACCUAUUCUACUGCUUACUUGAGCUCAAGGAUAAUUCAUUAUAUGAGGAAAUCCAAAGAUACCUCAGUUCAGGUGAACAUCCAGGAAGAGAACUCUCAUCUUCAAUGUGCACAGUGCUGACCUACAUACUGCUGAUGUCAGAGAAGGUGCUGGAUGAGAUAAACCCAAAGAGAUUCACGUCAUCUUCAAACUACAAGAGAUUUGUUCCAGCUGUGAGAUGUUGCAGAAAAGCCCUAUUUAAUGGCUGUGGUCUUGAUGAAACUUGCUGUGAAACUGUAUCUUCAGUUCUACAAUCAUCAAACUCCCAUCUGACCGAGUGGGACCUGAGCUGCAAUCACCUGAAGGAUUCAGGAGUUAUGCUGCUUUCUGAUGGACUGAAGAGUUCACACUGUCAACUGAAUAUACUGAGGCUAUUUGGGUGUAAUCUGACUGGUCAGUCCUGUGAAAGUUUGUCUUUAGCCCUACAAUCCUCAAACUCUGUCCUGCGAGAACUGGACCUGAGUAACAACGACCUACAGAAUUCUGGAGUGAAACUUCUUUCUGAUGGACUGAAGAGUCCAAACUGUCAGCUACAGAUACUGAGGUUGUCUGGCUGUAUGGUGACAGAGGAAGGCUGUGGUUAUGUGUCUUCAGCUUUGAGUUCAAACCCAUCACACCUAAGAGAGCUGGAUCUGAGCUACAAUCACCCAGGAGACUCAGGAGUGAAGCUGCUCUCUGAUACACUCAACCAUCCAAACUACAGACUGAACAAACUCAAGUAUGUUAAGCAUGAAGAGUGAAUAAAUCUAAUUAACAUAUAUAGAAUAUAAUAAUAAUAAUAAUAAUAAUACAUAAAAAUAAAUUAGAGAAUUGCAUGGCAGUAAAGGAGCACAGUAAAAUCCUCAAAGUUAAAUUAUCACUUGCUCUGAGUCUAUAUGAGUCCAGUCU